CUAUCAGCCGAUACUCAGAACUGUCCAUGUCUUUUUUCUUCUUUAUGUAUCAUCUUUUUCACUAACUUGUUGAAGUACAAUGUUUGCAGCUGAGAGGAUGCAAAUGAUUGACCUUUGAACUCAUUUGCUGAGAGCUGUGGUUACCGGCGUGCUUUUUUACAUUUGAAGUAUUCAUGGAUGAACAUUAAGACGCAGUCGACACAAUUGGUGCGCUACAUGUUCUUUGCUGGUGUUUUUCAGUUGUUGAGACUCAAGUUGCAAUAUAUAGGAUAAAAGACAUUUCUAUCAAAUUUCAACCUUCAGGCUCUUUUGUUUUAUCUCCCCCCCACUGACCUUAUCAGGUGGGGGGGAGGGUAGGCCCAAAUUAUGGAGUCCAACCCAGACAGCCCAAACCGGGCUGUGGAGUAUCUUCUGGAGCUCAAUAACAUCAUCGAGAACCAGGCCAAACUUCUAGAGACGCAGCGUAAACGCAUCGAGGAGCUGCAAACGCAGCUAGACCGGGUCAACCAGGAGAACCAGGACCUGCGGCAGGACCGGAGCCUGGGAACAGAGAACUCGACGCAGAACCACAACUACAGCCAGGGCUCUAAGCCCAGCCAGCCGUCAUCUUUACCAAACCACAGUGCUGGAGGGGUCCAUCAGAACAGCAGCAGUAAUAUACCCUCAUCCACUGUGCCCGGUCCAGCUCGACGGACCCACACCAGACUGACCCGGGGCCUGUCAUGUGGGUCCGCCCCUGUGGAGAAAGAGAGAGGCCGACUGGAGCGAAACGACAGCUCUGGGACCAACAACACCUCCACUCUACGGAAACAUGAGGAGGAAACCCAGAGUUCAGCUUCGCGUCCCUUUUCAGACAGUUCCAGCAGUAAAUCUCCUUAUGUGAACAGCUCUGACCGUUACAGGGACAACAGCUGUGGCCCCCCAGGCCCUCGGGUGCCUUUUGUGCCCCCUCCAAGCCCAGCCAGCCUUGCCUGGGCACAGCGUACACGCAACCAACCAGCUAGCCUGGCCCUACGCAAGCAAGAGGAAGAAGAGAACAAGAGGUGCAAAGCCCUAUCAGACAGUUAUGAACUCUCUACAGACCUACAAGACAAGAAGGUGGAGAUGCUGGAGAAGAAAUAUGGAGGUUACUUCGUGAGCAGACGAGCAGCACGCACCAUCCAGACAGCAUUCCGUCAAUAUCGCAUGAACAAGAACUUUGAGCGUCUGCGCAGCUCAGCUUCUGAGAGCCGCAUGACACGGCGCAUCAUACUUUCCAACAUGCGACUGCAGUACUCGUUUGAUGACCGACAUCCUCAACCUCCCACCCCGACUCACUACAGUCACAGUCCAGGAAUGGGUCCUCCGCAUUCUCCAACCUGCACCACAGAGCCAAGCUCCCCAUCACGACCAGAGUACACCCAUCUAGAGGACUCCUUCUCAAAACAAGUGAAGUCCUUGGCUGACUCCAUUGAUGAUGCCCUAACAUGUCGACCACGCCGAGAUGAUUCCCAGGAAGGUAUAGGGGAUGGAGGUGGUGUUGUGGAUGACUUUGGCGAGUGCAUAUGGAGCAGCAACAGCCACGCAUCGUUACGGAGAGGUCUUGGAGACAGAGAUCGAGGUGGUACAGGGGGCUUGAGCAUGCAUGAGGAUAGCACAGCCACCUCCUACAGUGAUGUCACGCUGUACAUGGAUGAUGGACUACCUUCCUCACCGCUUUCUCUAGACCGGGCCCCAAGCAGCACAGACACUGAGUUCUGGGGCGGUGUUGGAAGUGGAGUGGGUGGUAGGGAAGAUAGCCGUGACACUGAAGGAGGAGGAAGCAGCAAUAGCCGCAGAAGCACACCUUGCACAGAGUGCCGUGAUUACCGUUUACGGGGAGGGCACUUACCAUUACUUACUAUUGAACCACCUAGUGACAGCUCAGUGGACAUGAGUGAUCGCUCAGACCGAGGCUCCCUUAGCAGACAACUAAUCUUUGAGCAGGACUCAGUGGGAGGGUCACCUCAAGGGACACUAAAGCACAACCCUAAUGCUCGUUCAACAUCCUCAACAGCUGCACAAGGUCAAACACGUCCAGCUAUCCGAUCGAUACCGUCGCACAUCCCACACCACAUGGCUCACCAUCACCACCACCAUCAUCACCAGUACCCUGACACCCCUUCGUCCUCCUCCUCUCCUCAACAGCCCCCAACCACACCGCUCUCAUCCUCCUCUUCAGCACCACUGCCUCCUGGUGGCUUGGAGCAGCAGUGCUGCUCAGAUGGUGAUAAUGACUCACUGAACUCCACCACAAACUCUAAUGAGACUAUUAAUUGCAGCUCAGGCUCCUCUUCAAGGGACAGCCUGCGGGAGCCCUUGCCCUCAUUAGGGAAACAGACCUACCAGAGAGAAAGUCGGCACAGCUGGGACUCUCCUGCCUUUAACAACGAUGUGGUUCAGAGAAGACAAUAUCGCAUCGGACUCAACCUCUUCAACAAGAAGCCAGAAAAGGGUAUUCAGUACCUGAUUGAGAAGGGCUUUGUGUCAGACACACCAGUGGGCAUCGCUCGCUUUAUCCUGGAAAGGAAAGGCCUGAGUCGCCAGAUGAUUGGAGAGUUUCUUGGAAACAGACAGAAACAGUUCAACAAAGAUGUACUGGAUUGUGUUGUAGAUGAAAUGGACUUUUCUGGAAUGGAUCUCGAUGAUGCUCUAAGGAAAUUUCAAGCUCAGAUAAAAGUCCAAGGAGAAGCCCAAAAAGUGGAAAGACUUAUUGAGGCGUUCAGCCAGAGGUACUGUGUUUGUAAUCCAGCACUGGUAAGACAGUUCCAGAACCCAGACACCAUCUUCAUCCUAGCUUUUGCCAUCAUCCUCCUCAACACAGACAUGUACAGCCCCAAUAUCAAAGCGGAGAGGAAGAUGAAGCUGGACGAUUUCAUCAAAAACUUGAGAGGGGUGGAUAAUGGUCAGGACAUCCCACGUGAUUUACUGGUUGGAAUCUACCAGAGAAUUCAGAAGUGGGAACUGAGGACCAAUGAUGACCAUGUUUCUCAAGUCCAGGCAGUGGAGAGAGUCAUAGUGGGCAAGAAACCUGUUCUGUCUCUGCCCCACCGCAGACUCGUGUGCUGCUGUCAGCUCUAUGAGGUCCCAGACCCCAACCGUCCUCAAAGGUCUGGAGUUCACCAGAGAGAGGUCUUCCUCUUCAACGAUCUGCUUGUGGUUACAAAGAUCUUCCAGAAGAAGAAAACCUCCGUAACGUACAGUUUCAGACAGUCCUUCCCUCUGGUGGAGAUGCAGGUUCACAUGUUCCAGAACUCUUACUAUCCUCAUGGUGUCAGACUAACUUCAGCGAUCCCGGGUGGUGAGCACAAAGUUCUGAUUGUGUUCAUGGCCCCUAGUCAACAGGACCGCACCCGCAUUGUCAGUGAUCUGAGGGAGAGCAUUGCUGAGGUCCAGGAAAUGGAGAAAUACAGAGUGGAGUCUGAGUUGGAGAAGCAGAAGGGAGUAAUGCGGCCCAGCCUGCUCACCAACAGCAUUAUGACAGGAGGAGUAAGUGGGGUCAAGAAUGAAGUGGUGAAUGGCACUAUGGGAAGACCUAGUCUGGAUGACAACUAUUCACCAGGAGAGGGCCUCAAACGUACUGCUCUCAGCUCCUCUCUGAGGGACCUGUCUGAAUCAGGGAAACGUGGCCGCAGCAACAGCGUUGGUUCCCUUGACAGUACAAUGGAAGUAAGUCUGAGUGAAGCAGAGCAGUCCACGGCCUCACCAGCGUUACCCAGUAGCCACUGUGCUCCCGGGAUGCUAUGGAACAGAAGAAUUCCGGCCUCACCGCCCCAUCCUGAGCCCCGGAGUGGGGGUGGGGGGUGGGCCGGGGCAGCAACACACACCUGCGGUGACUGGCGCUGGGCCAGUCUCCAGCAGCACAGAGAGAGGAACGACUGGAAUGGGGACUGGGAGCAACAGCAACAACACUGGAUCCUUCCUGGGCUCCCUGUUUGGGGGCAAGCGAUCCAAAACACCGGCUCCUAUUAUCCCCCCGGGGCCACCCUACCCCGCCCCUGUGGCCCCACCGACUACAGGAGGGCCACCACCUCUGUCCCCAUCCUCGCUGUGCCCGGGAGAGGGCGGGGGGCCUUCCAAGAUCCAGGCGCUGCACGCCCAGUACUGCCACACUACCAGCAACAGUGUCAGUGGGCAGCCUCCGCCCCCGUACUACCACCAACAUCGCUUCCAUACGCAGACCGUACCCUCGUCUGGGCAGCAAGGCCUCCAUACUCUUCAGCGGGUCACCUUGCCUCGACGGCCGCAGCCCAACCCCUCCGCACACUGCCCGUACCAGCCGAUCUCCCACCAUACUUUGCAGGGACGCUACGGGAGCAUGGGCAACAUGGGCAACAUGUGCUCCGGCCUCCCUCCCCCCCUUUCUCCUCACUCCCCACUCUCCCCUCAUCCACAGUUUGCUCUGUUCCACACACAGCCCACACACUCGGCCAGAGGGGGCGGCAUCAGCAAGCCCCCUCUCACGCUGUCACACUCUCAGCCGCACCCGCACGCACACUCCCAUCCCGCGCACAUGCACACGCCGCACCCGGGCUCCCACCCCGUGCACCAACCUCACUUCGUCUUCGCCAGCCCUCCUCCUCCGCCCUUCCCUGCUCCCACUCAGCCGCCUCCAGUCUCCGCGUCCGGCACGGUCCAUCACGUGCCUCCGGCCGCCCAGUAUCUGCCCCAGUAUCCUCCGUUGUCCUCCAUCCCCCCUCCCCCACCACACUCCCCUUUACCCCCCCCUUCCUGCCCCCUUACCCCUCUUACGCCUCUCUCCCCUCUCCCCCCCCAGCAUCAAGGCCCCCAUUCACAAGCCGGGGGUCAGCAAGGGCCCUCGCCAGCUCAGACUGGAGCCGUACCUGGGGGGACGGGCACGGUCGAACGCGCCAAAUCCAAACCUACCAACCGGAUCAGCACGGUAGUGUGAGCCGGGGGAAGUCGCGAGGCUGGGGGUCGCUGAAGGGGCCUUUGGCGGUUGGAGGGGGGACCGCCGCGAGGCUGGAGGAGGCAGGUGGCGGCAGGGCCAAAGCCGAUAACAACACCAGUGGGAAAAAGAAACGCAGCCUGCUAAGACUCUGCUACUUCCACUUGCGCUUCCCUCAAGUUUAACUGAAGAAGGGGCUUCCCAAGGCAAAACAGCACAAACACACGUAUGUCAUACCGAUAGUUGGAGGCUCUCAGGUAGAUCAGUGCUGUGGGAUAUACACUCUCCACAACAAUAACAAAAAACAUUCAUGACACUUUUCUUUCAAUUCAGGUGUUGUAGAUGUCACUGAUUUGGUAUUCCAGCCAAACCCUUCUUAGCUACUUCUCUUUAAAUCCCAUAUUUAGACAUGAAAUAAACUACUGAAGCAUGUAAAGGGAUUACAAACAUGUGGACAUGCACACACAAACUCAAGCACAAAAUUGUCCACAUGCUUGCUUCAAUUACAUAUAGCCAUAAAGUUAUGGUAAAAUGGUUGCAUUUUGCAUUCAUCAUCACAGGUGUUGGAGAAACUGUUUGGUUCCUUGCUUCACCUGGGAACCUGUUUAGGAAAAGUGAAGACCAGAGACCGUACAAAUAAUACUGUGCUGGACAUGAAGAUCAAAGCACAGUACUUGGGCAAAGUACAAUGAUUUCAUACAUUCCAGUAAUUACGUUGAGCAUUAGUCAAUAGCAUUGGCAAGAUGCAAUAAUCUUUUCACUAAAUUGAUGUCCAGCUUCUACUUGCUAAAUAAUUUUAAAUGCUCUAUUGCUCUUUUUGUACACAUCUAUAACGGUCAAUAUAUUUGAGUGCUUAUAGAGAUGUAUCUACAAAGGAAAUAUCUUACACCUGGUAUGAUUGUUUGAAGUAUGUCAGUACUGGCCUGACCUCUUCUAAUCCUAAAACUAGUCUGCUGUAAAAAGCCUUGUACUGUAUGUGGAUGUGCUGUUUGUAAUCAUCCUAGAAUCAUUAUCCAUCAGAAUUAUUAACCUGCGUACAUACAAUUAUAUGAUAUCAGUAAUAUUAUAUUACACUUCAUCUGUGAACAUACAUGAUGUUCAUACCUAGAGUUACACCAUUUUAGAAAAUAUAAAUCUAUACACAAAUGGGUAGACAAUAAAUUAAUUUCAUAGUUUGAAGCUCAUUUUAGAGAAAAAAAAUGAUCUUUUAUGUUACAUUUAAAGCAUUGUGUCUAAAUCUAAACCUUUUCUCAUGGCAACAUUGUUUUUAUUCUACACUGUUACUUUUUAUUAAACCAGUCGGUGACCAUUAUCAUCCAUAUCUAAAUUCUUAGCACAUUUCUAGUAGAGUUCCAGUAAAGCUGUCAAGGCCCAGAAUGUGAAAACAAAAGGCACUUUAUACAUGGAUGUGUUUUCUGAACUAUAUUAAAUUAUCUCUAUUAAACAAAAACAUUUUCCAGCUAAAGUAUUUUUACCUAUAUGAGGGCUAGUGACACACAUAUGAAGGAAACUUUCCUCAAAAGAUUGUUGCCUCUCUAUUCGUCACGAAUCUUCACAUCUGAAAUGCCUGUAUUAUGCAGUUUCCAUUGGGGUUUUGCAUUAAUACUGCCAAUCAUACUUAAGGUGUUUUUGACUAUAUUUUACGCUGUUAUAUAAAUGUUUGCUAUAAAUUUCAAUUUUAAUGAAUAUAACUGUUUAACUUUUAUGUUAUACAAAAUACAGAUGUUAUAAAUUUGACAAAAUAUGAGAGAUAUUUGUAAAUAGGAAAAGUUUUCUCAUGCUUUGACAUUCAACAGUGAAGUGUCAAAGUGUUUUAUUGUUAUUGAAGAUUUUUAUGGACAAACACACUUGUCUUUUUAAGUGUCCUUGAAUGUUGGAGACUUUUUAUGGGUAUUAUUUAACUUUUUUUUUAACAGAAGUUGUGUACCUGUCAUUAUGUGUUUGACUCAGCUUUGUGUGCAUCUGACUUUUGGUUUGAGCUACAAGACGGCCUGUUUUGACAUGUUAAAAAAAUAACGCCAUGCUCAUAGACUGUAUGCUUCAGUUUUCAAUAGGCUACCUUAUCUAUUUUUUUUUUCUCCAUAUGAAUAAUGGAGGAGAGCAGGAAGAUGGCAGAACCAGUAUAAUUAUCACAUUAAUACAAGGAUUUCAUUUUACCUGUAUGAGAAAUCAAGGUAAUUUAGCCUUCAAGUACUGCUUGAAGUUUUUGUUAGUGUGGAUGCAUAAUGUGAUCUCAAGUGCUGAUAUUUCUGGACUGGGCUUAAUGCAGGUGCUCAGUAUUAUUUGUCUUGAUGUUAUGCUCAGUUAUUGUUUGCAAGAUAUUUAUGUUCUUUUGCUACCCUUUCAAAACACCAUCUCUUUCUAUGUGCUCCUGAAUAUGCUAAUUACAUAUGAUCAGCACUCCACCAAACUAAAUAAUAGCACAGUAUCAGUGAAAAUGGGGAUCCAGUUACAUCUGGUUACAUACACAGCCAGAUACCAAUUUAAGAAGAGAGAAUAUAAAUAAUUUACUUUAUUUGAUUAAUGAUUCCCAUAAUCUUUUUUAUUAACUCUCCAUCUUCCCGCUUAAUUUUAAUUUUAUUGCAAGAGUAUGUCUGUAUUUACUGAGCUCUGUAACAAACUGUACAUAGACUGUCGUAGUAUGAUUUAAUAUUGGGAAGUGGCAAAGGUGUAUGUAUGAGUGUGUGUUGGGGGGGGGGGUUAUUUUGAUUUUUUGAUUCAAGAAAAUUCAUUUUAUCUGAAAUCUUGUACAAGUGUAUGUCAAAGCAGAUUGAAGUGUAAUUUUGAAAAAAAGUUAUAUGAGGUCAUCUUAUUUGUGUACAGAUAAUAUAUGAAAUUAAGCAAAUUCAGAGAGAUGGGAAUAUUUAUUGCCUAAUAUGAGUAAAAAUAUAUAAUGUGUCUUGACACAA